AAUGUUGAAUAAGAGUGUGAGAAGGAUGGGAAAGUAAGGUUUAUUGUAAGGCAUAGCAGGCUAGUUAGGAAUUUUGAGACAUCUAAGAGCCUAAUAAUUUCUGAUUCAAAGUAGAAAAGAAAGGUGAAUAGCAGCUUUUCCUGUAGGAGCUGCUGGAUUGAGAGGAGCAUGGCCCUCUCCUCUCCCUGUGAUGGUGUGAACUUGUCCACUGAUUCCAGUAUACAAAAAUGUUACUUUGCCUGCUGUGUUCAGGGCUUUCAUUUGACCUGAUACCAUGAACUUUGUUCGCACCAACUUUUGCAGAAACAACAUAUAGCCCUAAGCUGUUGGUGAUUUAGCAGGUCGUCACCACCUGUCCUGAGUUUUGGGGUACUGGCAGAGCCGUGGCUCAAAUUCCCAGAGUUCGAGAUGGUGGAACUCACUGUUCUGGCCAGGGUGCUUCUGGAAAUAUAUGUAUUGCAUAUUUGGCCUGCAUGUUUGUACCAAACAAAAUGUGGCACCCUUGGUGCAGAGUGAACAUAGCACAGAAGCGACAGGCCAUCUGCUCUGCCCUGGCUGCCUCAGGCCUACCAGCGCUGGUCAUAUCUAUACAUCAUCAUAUUGAGGAAGUUCCCGAACUUCCUUUGGUGGUUGAAGAUAAAGUUCAAGGCUACAAGACGACCAGAGAGGCUGUUUCGCUUCUUAAAAUACUUAAAACCUAGAAUGAUAUCAGAAAGGUUAUGCCUCUCAGCAAAUGAGAGCUGGGAAGGACACAAUGAGAAAUUGUCAUUGUAUCCAGUGUAGGGGACCCUGCAUUAUCUGUAAUGAGGACAGUGGUAUCAUAAAGGCCUUCAGAAAUGCCCCUGGAAUUACUUUACUUAAUGUAAGCAAACUGAACAUCUUGAAACUUGCCCCUGGUGGGCAUGCAGGACAUUUCUGCAUAUUUGGACUGACAGCGUCUUCUGCAAGUUAGAUGAUCUGUAUGGCACUUGGCAUAAGGCUGCCUCCCUCAAGAGCAACUACAACCUUCCCAUGCACAAGAUGCUUAAUACACAUCUUAGCAGAAUCUUGAAGAGCCCCAGAGAUCCACAGAGGCCGCCAAGUACCACACAACAGGAGUCAUUGCAGAGUCCUGAAGAAGAAUCCCCUGCAAAACCUGAGAAUCGUGUUGAAGCUAAACCCGUAUACACAGACCAUGUGCCGGACACCAUUCUUUGCCAGGCCGAGAAUCACAAACUUCGAAUGAAUAAGGCAGCAGCAGCUUUGGAAGCCAAAUCAGAUGAGAAGGGGGUUCCAGGCAAGAGGCCUCUGGGAGGGAAGAAAGGAAAAAAGGGCUCUUGGUGUGAAGAAGCAGAAGAAACCUUUGGCAGGAAAACCGGCUGCAGCUACCAAGAAAUCAGCUGCCGAGAAGCAGCCUGCAGAGGAGAAAUCCACCACAGAAGAAAAGACGCCUGCUACAUAAAAACUUAAAUUUUCUUAUUCUAUAGAUGUCAAAUCAUUUUGGAUAGCUAAUUUUGAAUAAAGAUCAAAGGCAAAAAAAAAAAAGUGAAAGUAGUCUUACAACUUAAAUCUUUGCUUUUCACUUUAAUA